AAUGCAAUUUUCACUCCACUCUUUUGACGACAAACCAACGCUGCGUUCCUGGAAAUUCGAUCCCUUCAUCGUCAACCUCGUUAAUUUCAUACUGCAAUUGGUGGCUUUAUCUGUAUUUUUAUGUGGUCUUUGUAGAUUGGCUAUGGUGGACUGCGGUCAGAAGGGUUCGUGCUAACGUGCACCUAGGUGGAAACGUGCCGUCGGGUUGAGUGUGGGGAGGCAAAUGCUAAUUAUUAUAAUUUUUUCGCUCUUCUGCCCAACUCUCAUGUGAGAAUUGACUGUUUUUGGGUAGAGUUGUUAAGCCCCUUGUCGCCUUUUGUUUUUUGGCUUUCCGAAUCGCUCGAUACCAAAUUAUUUUUCGGGGCUUUCGAGCUGGGGAUUUUUGCGGUGAUGUUCAUGGAGAUCUCUAGGGAUUGAUUGGGCGAAUUUUGCGUGAUUUGAAGCCAUGGAUUAUCAUCUGGUGGCGGUUUCUGAAUUGGAUUCGUAGUUUGUGAAAAAUUGGGGGUUGAAAUUAGGGCUGGGGAUGGAGAAGAGUGGAGAUGGAUUCGUUGAUCGCAGUAAAGUGAGGAUUCUUUUGUGCGACAACGAUGAGAAGAGUUCUGCUGAGGUUUUUACACUUUUGUGUAAAUGUUCUUAUCAAGUUACUUCUGUGAAGUCGCCGCGACAGGUGAUUGAUGCACUGAAUGCAGAGGGCCCUGAUAUAGAUAUAAUUCUUUCUGAAGUCGACCUGCCCAUGUCGAAAGGUUUGAAGAUGUUAAAAUAUAUCAUGAGGGACAAAGAGCUUCGGCGUAUUCCUGUGAUCAUGAUGUCGGCACAAGAUGAGGUUUCUAUUGUUGUCAAGUGUCUGAAAUUCGGGGCAGCUGACUAUCUUGUGAAACCGUUACGGACAAAUGAGCUGUUGAACUUGUGGACACACAUGUGGAGAAGACGACGAAUGCUUGGAUUAGCAGAGAAGAACAUUGUAAAUUAUGAUUUUGACCCACUUGUAUCAGAUCCCAGCGACGCUAAUACCAACAGCACUACUUUAUUUUCGGAUGACACCGAUGACAAGUCUAGGAAAAGUACCAACCCGGAUGCAUGCGCUUCGACCCAUCCGGAGAAUGAGCAUCUUGCAUGCCAGAACAAUGUUGCCACAGCUGCUGUUUCUGUAGAGACUGCAUCUGAGACUCCUUCAGAAUGUCAGCCUGAUUUGCGCAUAAGAGAUCAUGGUUCGCCGUUCCCAAAGAAAAGCGGACUCAGAAUUGGUGAAUCUUCCGCAUUCUUCACAUACAUCAAAUCGAGCAUGCACGAAAAUGCACCUCGGCUUGAGAAAACAGUCGAAGAACAUAUGGACAUACGGGGGAAAAAGGAUCAAGACUUCCGGGAAAGCCAGAGUCAGCCUGAUGAACAUCCAAGUAACAACACUGUCCCUGAUUCUUCCUUCUCCAUGGAGAGGUCCUCGACUCCUCAAAUAUCAAAUCCAGCGGAGAUCUCCCAGCAACACCUCUCCGGCGAGCAAUUCUCUCAUCCACAUUUACAUGAAUCUCCCAGCAAUGCCCCGAACCACUAUCCCUAUCCUUUCUACAUGCCCUCGGUGAUGAAUCAGGUAACAAUGCCUCCGGCAUCCAUGUAUCACAAUCAUCAUAUCCCGCAGUGUCCCCCACACAUCCCAGCCAUGGCGUCCUAUCCAUACUACCCGUACGGUAUAUGCCUGCAACCAGGUCAAAUGCCUGUGCCGCCACCACACCCAUGGCCAUCUUCGCUUGGCAAUUCCUCCAACGAGGGGAAUUGCCCGAGCAAAGUUGAUCGGAGGGAGGCAGCCCUGAUUAAGUUCAGACAGAAGCGGAAGGAAAGAUGCUUCGACAAGAAGAUUAGGUAUGUCAACCGGAAAAAGCUCGCAGAGCGUAGGCCCCGCCUGAGGGGCCAGUUCAUGAGGAAAGUGAAUGGUGUUAAUGUGGAUCUUAACGGGCAGCCGGCAUCGGCUGAAGAGGAUGAAGAAGAGGAAGACUAUGAAGAGGAAGAUCAGUCCAACAUUUCGUCUAUGGAUGAUGCUUCUACGUGCCUAUGAAGGAUGACUACUGAGGCUUACUUAUAAGAGGGAGGGACUUCUUGUUAUGUUCACUGAUUUUAAUCGCUGUCGUUGGCUCAAGUAGUGUGAAUGCCAUUGCCUAGUAGCUAGAGUUCGUUGGGCUAACGGGCAACAUAGUUGUAUUAUUUUCCAGUGAUUAUCACCGAAACUUUCCUUUACUUGGAUUCUUGAAUAUGUUUCAAAGGAUUAGACUAUGAAUGUGUGGCUUCAAUGCCCAGAACAAGCUGUUAGAAACCAACUACAUUCUCUCUAUGUAAAAUGUAGUUCUAAAGAGGCCAUUACUAAUAAGGCAAUAAACAUUGAAGGAUUCCCAGGCUACCUAU